AUGAAGUUCAAAGCUUUCCUCACUCAAGACGACGUCAAUUUACUGGACAAGCAUUUCCUGCCUUCCCUCGAUAAAAUCGAGCGUGUAUGCCACCUCUACCUAACCCGCGACCACGCCAUCUUUCUCCACAAUCUCCUUGGCGGCGAUGGCGUCCAGUCUGUCGCCCAAUUCAAAAAAGAGGUACUUUUUCAUGACUAUCGUAUCUCCAGCCAGAAUGAUGAUCACAUUGCUUUCGCCAUUGGCAUCGCCCUUCUACAUCAAGCGCUCUGCAAUGCGCAGACCAUCCAACUCCAGUCCCAAGAUGAUAUUGUUGCUAUUCAAAUUAAGCUCGUCAAGAAGCUUCCUAUUGAAUCCCUUAACCCAACGUCAUUCUUGAUGUUUGAGACCAAAGGAGUGAAGUCUGCUGUUGUUCAGGAUGUCCCUACCUCAAAACCUCUCUCCAGGGCUGAUUUUAUGCAGCUUCAGACUGCUCUUGAUUCUGCUCAUGACCUCCCGAUUUCCUUCCAGGACCGUCGAAGCACCUACCUAUAG